AGCGUACUCUUUGUUCAUAAAUCACUGCUAGCAGUGGCAGUGGCAGUCGCAGUCGCAGUCGCCUCCUCCGUCUAAUCUGCUCAUUCAUUCUUGAAUCAAGAUCCGGCAAAAUGAACGAUGCAGAUGUGUCCAAGCAGAUCCAGCAGAUGGUGAGAUUCAUUCGCCAGGAAGCAGAGGAGAAGGCCAACGAGAUCUCGGUUUCUGCCGAAGAGGAAUUCAAUAUCGAGAAACUGCAGUUGGUGGAGGUGGAGAAGAAGAAGAUCAGACAAGAGUAUGAGAAGAAGGAGAAGCAAGUCGAAGUUCGAAAGAAGAUUGAGUACUCUAUGCAGCUCAAUGCAUCCAGGAUCAAAGUCCUCCAAGCUCAAGAUGAUGUGGUUAAUUCCAUGAAAGAGGCUGCAUCUAAGGAACUUCUGAAUGUGAGCCAUCACCACCAUGUUUAUAAGAGGCUCUUGAAAGAUCUUAUUGUUCAGAGUUUGAUUAGACUGAAGGAGCCCACUGUCUUACUUCGUUGUCGCAAAGAUGACAUUUAUUUGGUGGAGUCUGUACUGGAUUCUGCAAAGGAGGAAUACUCAGAAAAACUGAAUGUUCAUGCACCAGAGAUAACAGUUGACAGUGUCUAUCUUCCACCUGCUCCUUCUCAUUAUAAUGCUCAUGGUCCUUUCUGCUCUGGAGGUGUUGUGUUGGCUUCUCGAGAUGGAAAAAUUGUGUGUGAAAACACUCUCGAUGCUCGAUUGGAUGUUGUAUUCCGUAAGAAGCUUCCAGAGAUCCGCAAGUGGCUCUUUGGUCAGGUGGCUGCAUGAGGUGUCGGAUUGUAUUCUUUCUCAGCGCAGCUUUGAAUUAUUUCAGUCCAAACUUUAUUUAUUGGUCAUUGACCAUAGAGCGUAGUAUGAAAUUGUUUGUUCUUUGCCCUUCUGAGGUGGGCUUGUUAUGUUCGGCAGGAUAUCGUAGGGGUUUGUUACCCCAGAACCUAGUUUAUGGUUUCAUAAUAAUAUCCUCUCUCUAUUUACCAAAAAUAAAAAUAAAAAUUGUUUGUUCUU